UCAUCGGUUCAGCCAUCCAUUGAUAAUAAAUAAAGAUGGCAUCGAGCAAUGCGGCCAACACUCAAUCGCGUCGUUUAUCUGCAACCGGUGAUUCAUUGUACAUUAUAUUAGGUAUCGAAAAAACAUCUACACCCGAAGAAAUUAAACGUACCUAUCGCAAGUUGGCAUUGAAAUAUCAUCCGGAUAAAAAUCCAAAUAAUCCAGAAGCAGCCGAAAAAUUCAAAGAUAUAAAUCGUGCACAUUCCAUUCUAUCGGAUGAAAAUAAACGUAAAUUGUAUGACAAUUAUGGAUCAAUGGGCUUAUAUUUGGCUGAACAUUUGGGCGAAGAAAAUCUUGGAGCCUAUUAUCUACUUACAUCAGGAUGGUGUAAAGCAUUGAUACUUGGUUGUGGUAUUAUAACCGGGUGUUAUUGUUGUUGCUGUUGUUGUUGUUGUUGUUUCAAUUUUUGUUGUGGCCGUUUUGCACCAAAACAAUCAUCCGAGGAUUUUACUUUCAAUGCGGAUGAUCUUAAAGAAGAUAACGAUACUAAUCAAACAACUAAUGAACAAUCCCCAUGGGGUGCAGAUUCCAGUGAAACCACUAAAUUGACCGCUAAUAAUGCCAUCGGUAGCUCACAACAACCGGUCACUAGCCAACCAGGUAUUGGUGGUCAUUCACCAUCAUCAGAUCCUUGGAAUGAUCAACGUCCAGUGAUUCCUAUGCCACCACCACCUUCUGCUAGUGAAACAACAAAUCUAACGCAAACUUAUCAUUCCAAUUAUCAAUGAAUAGACCUACAUUGAAAUGAUGAAUUCUCUCUCCCUCUCUAUCAUUUAACACGAAAGAUGUUUAUUCAUAAUUUUAUUUAUGGGAAAAAUCUUAAUUUAUGAAC